UUUUAUCUUUUUUCGGUCAUUAUUGAAGAUAAUGUGUGCUUUUCUAUGUAUUUGUGAAGUUUACAGUCAUUGAAUUCAUAGUUUACUCUAUUCCACUGUAAAACUACAUUUUCAAGCUACACAUCUUUAAAUAAGUUUGUAACAUAAUAUUGCCUUUCCCCUGCCUUCUCUUAUAUUCUCUCUACUACAUUUGUCACCGAUAGAGAAAAGUUUCUAAUGUAAUUGAGAAAACUUCUGUGGGAGUUUUGAAAAUUGAGUUCAGCUGAGUCACAGAGAACUUGUGGUUGAAACUUCAGGUGAAAAGUUAUUUAAGAAAGAAUUCGAGAAUCAACAAUGACUGAAGUUGAGGCAAGGCAUAUUCUCCACAGUGGAAUUUUUCAUCCUCUCUUGAGACAAUGGCAAUCUCCAAAUGUGGAAAUUACAGCAGAUAAUCUGAUGUACCCUAUUUUCGUCUUAGAUGAACCUGAUGCAAAGGAUCCAAUUGCUAGUAUGCCAGGAGUAUAUCGUUAUGGAAUUAAUCAGUUGAAAAUUAUAUUAAAGCCUCUUGUUGCUAAAGGAUUACGGUCUGUGCUGCUAUUUGGAGUUCCAAAUCAUUUAGAGAAGGAUGGAUUCGGUAGUAAUGCUGACAGUCCACAGAAUCCAAUUGUCCAAGUUGUACCAAAAUUAAGACAGUCGUUUCCUGAUCUCGUAAUAGCUUGCGAUGUAUGUCUUUGCCCUUACACGAUUCAUGGGCACUGUGGUAUUUUAAAUAUGGAUGGCAGUAUAAAUAACGAGGCCAGCAUCAAACGAAUAGCUGAAAUAGCGGUUGCAUAUGCUAAAGCUGGAGCACACAUUAUAGCACCUUCAGAUAUGAUGGACGGUAGAAUUGGUAAAAUUAAGAAAGGUUUAGCUGCUGAAGGAUUUUCAAACAAGGUUGCAGUGUUAUCUUAUGCUGUUAAAUUUGCAUCUGGAUUUUAUGGUCCUUUCCGAGAUGCCUCAAAAUCAGCCCCACAAUUUGGAGACCGUAAAUGCUAUCAGCUUCCACCAGGCAGUAACGGAUUAGCGAGUCGAGCAGCGGCCAGAGAUGUUGCAGAAGGUGCUGAUAUGCUUAUAGUAAAACCAGGAUUAGCAUAUUUAGACGUACUUAGGCAUACGAAAGAUGCUCAUCCAGAAUACCCAAUGUUCGUAUACCAGGUUUCCGGAGAAUAUGCAAUGCUUUAUCAUGGUGCUAAUAAUGGGGCUAUCAAUUUAGAAAAUGUGUUACAUGAAGUAUUGUUAUCAAUGCGAAGAGCUGGAGCAGAUUGCUUGGUUGCCGUAUUGGCAACGGCCAAAGAGGAGAAGAAAGAAAAAGAAGACAUCGGUACAGUUAUAGGAAUUGAUUUGGGUACCACAUAUUCAUGUGUUGGUGUCUACAAAAAUGGGCGUGUUGAAAUUAUCGCAAACGACCAAGGCAACAGAAUUACCCCAUCUUAUGUGGCAUUUACUGCCGAUGGAGAAAGACUGAUCGGAGAUGCUGCAAAGAACCAACUGACGACAAACCCAGAAAACACGAUCUUCGACGCAAAGCGUCUCAUUGGUCGUGAGUGGUCGGACAGUAUGGUUCAGCAUGACGUGAAGUUCUUCCCUUUUAAGGUUAUUGAAAAGAACAGCAAACCAAACAUCAAGGUAGCAACCUCUCAGGGAGAAAAAGUUUUUACCCCUGAAGAAAUUUCUGCAAUGGUGCUGAGUAAGAUGAAGGAAACUGCCGAGGCAUACCUAGGCAAGAAGGUUACUCAUGCCGUUGUCACUGUACCUGCAUACUUUAACGACGCCCAAAGACAAGCAACCAAAGAUGCUGGUACAAUCUCUGGACUGAACGUCAUGAGAAUCAUCAAUGAACCAACUGCAGCAGCUAUUGCCUAUGGUCUGGAUAAGAAAGAUGGAGAAAAGAACGUCCUCGUCUUUGAUUUGGGAGGUGGUACUUUUGACGUCAGUUUGCUCACUAUCGACAAUGGAGUAUUCGAAGUUGUUGCCACAAAUGGAGACACUCACCUUGGAGGAGAAGAUUUUGACCAGCGUGUGAUGGAUCACUUCAUCAAGCUCUAUAAGAAGAAGAAGGGCAAAGACAUCAGAAAGGACAAUAGGGCAGUGCAAAAGCUGCGUCGCGAAGUAGAGAAGGCCAAGAGAGCCCUCAGUUCCAGCCAUCAGGUGAAGAUCGAGAUUGAAUCCUUCUUCGAGGGUGAAGAUUUCUCCGAGACUUUAACUCGAGCGAAGUUCGAAGAGCUGAACAUGGAUCUUUUCAAGAGUACAACAAAACCUGUCAAGCAAGUUCUCCAAGAUGCCGACAUGAGUCCUAAGGAUGUAGACGAAAUCGUUCUGGUAGGAGGAUCGACGAGAAUUCCGAAGAUUCAGCAAAUGGUUAAGGAAUUCUUCGGCGGAAAAGAACCUUCAAGGGGUAUCAACCCUGACGAGGCUGUUGCAUACGGAGCUGCGGUACAAGCAGGAGUUCUUUCCGGAGAACAGGAUACCGAUGCGAUCGUACUCUUGGAUGUUAACCCACUUACCAUGGGUAUCGAAACUGUUGGUGGAGUCAUGACUAAACUCAUUCCAAGGAACACCGUAAUCCCAACAAAGAAAUCUCAGAUCUUCUCAACGGCUUCCGAUAACCAGCACACCGUGACGAUUCAGGUGUACGAAGGAGAACGUCCGAUGACCAAGGACAACCACCUUUUGGGCAAAUUUGACUUAACUGGAAUUCCACCAGCACCUCGAGGCACUCCUCAAAUUGAAGUUACCUUUGAAAUCGACGCGAAUGGUAUCCUGCAGGUAUCCGCCGAGGACAAGGGCACUGGCAAUCGAGAGAAAAUCGUAAUCACCAAUGACCAGAACAGGCUCACCCCGGACGAUAUCGAAAGAAUGAUAAGAGACGCUGAGAAGUUCGCCGAUGAUGAUAAGAAAUUGAAGGAACGCGUCGAGGCGCGCAACGAGUUGGAAUCGUAUGCGUACUCGCUUAAGAACCAACUGGCCGACAAGGAUAAGCUCGGUGCUAAAGUUAGCGACGCCGAUAAAGCAAAGAUGGAGGAAGCUAUCGAGGAAAAGAUCAAGUGGCUCGAGGAUAACCAGGACACCGACCCGGAGGAGUACAAGAAACAGAAGAAGGAGCUCGCUGAUAUCGUCCAACCUAUCAUAACGAAGCUAUAUCAAGGGACAGGUGGUGUUCCGCCAACGGGUGGCGAAGACGACGAUCUCAAGGACGAACUUUAAUUUCCAGAGAAGCAUAUAAGUUUGUUCGUUCUAGACUGAAAAAAAAACCGCUUCCUUCGGGCAAAUCCUUGGAGAAUUAAUACGCCAGGCGCGAUGGGUCGUGUAGGGUGCAAAAGACUGAUCGACGUUUGACACGUGGUCGUCGCUCGGCUAAGUUACGUUUUGCGACGGAGCGUGGGUGACUUAUAUUUAAGUUAGUCACGGAAACUGGCAUCUCAGUCUUCAACUUGUCCGUUAAUCUCGCCAUUGAGCCGCGUAUUUACCCCAGAUUUCCAACAUCAUCGGUGCGUCUUACAGGACCGGGAAGAGAAACGUCUGUAACGACGACGAUCGGCUUCUCCUCGGACAGCGACGUUGUCCGAGGGUUUUGCAUUUCCAAACUCCCGUCAAAGACUCCAUGUCGUUAAUUUAUUUUAGUCGUUUUGUAUUUUUCGUCAUACGAGUAAUCGAGUACACAGUUAUUAUUGUAAUCGCGACGUAUGCUAUGUAAAACAUGUAUCCUCCAUAAGGCGUGGAUACGUGAUAAUGUGUAUGUGGUGGGAAUGAAUUUUGAAGCGAGUACUCUUGUUACUCUAAAUACUGUGUAUCGUACCAUGUACAAUACUGGUAUAGUAUGAAUUGCGCGAGUGAGGUGUGUACCGUUAACACGAGAUAACUAAAUAAAAAUUUUUCCAAUAAUUCACUUCUUGGCAUCGAUUACACGCAACUUUAUGCGUAAUAAAAAUCAUUGUCAAUGUUUAA